AGUAUGAAUAGCAUAAAUUUUAUUUGAAAUUUAUAAUCGUACAUUGAUUAGACUCGAGUGCUUGUAAAACAAAACACAUAAAUCCCAAGUACACACGUACUGUUUAUGGAGAAAUUUUUAGAAAAAUAUUUAAGUACACAAAGUAAAUAUGUAAAUAUAGAAAAGUACUCACAUUUAUAUUAAAAUUCUAUUCUGACACUUGAAUUCUUUCUUCGAUUUCAAACUAAGCAAGCUCCAUUCAUUCACUAAUGCAGAGGGCAGUGCAAUCCGACAAUUUUAUCGCCAUCUAUCGUGAAUAUGAUUCUUGAGAAUCAAACAGAAUUUUGAAUUACAAAAUAGAGUUUGAUCCGCAAUUAUAGAUUUGAUAACUGUAUAACUGAAUAAUUGCGCUGUUAUAAAUAUCUGUUACAUAAGGAUAUUAGGGUGUAUUAUCAAUAAUUUUCGUAACAAAACUUUUCCCAUCUUCUCUGACACACUCUUACUCGAUAAAAAUAAAAUUGCGCUUGCGCGAUCACCACCAAUUGCCAAUGCGGCGCCAAAGUACCACGUGACCGUAGUUAACGGCUUUCAUGUCCGCAACCGUUAUAAAUACGCUGUGGUUAUGAGUACGAUAGUGUAAAACAAAACGUGUAGCAUUAAAUAUAACAUUUUCAUGAUGUAUAACCAUACAAAAACGUUGUUAUACAACCGAAGAACAUUACACACUCGAUAAGAUAGUGUUUAUUUGUGUUUUUAAAUUCAUGCAGGUUACAAAUCGCGGGAAUUUUGCAAAGUUUAAUAUAGAGUGUAGGCAUAAUAAAAGUUUGAUUUAAACUUGACUAAAUUAUGUUUGAUUCGUUCCUAUAUUUUCAUGUAUCAAUCUCGAUUCUUUCGAUUAUUCUAGUCAAUGAGAUGGAUACGUUGAUUGUUAUGAAAUAAAACAUUUUUAACUGCAUGUUCUGACAGUUUAUCUAACAAAAGUGAGAUAAAAAAUAUUCAAAAUUAUUUGACCACAAAUGAACAAUAAAAAGAAUGGAUUUUGAGAGCAGAGAAAAGGAAUUUGAGGAACGUUACAGAAAAAUCUGUGGGAAAAAUAGACGAUCCACCACUAACAAUGAAACUCAACAAGAGGAAAAAACAAGAAAAGUGGAGAUAUCCAAAAAAGAGAAAGAACAUUUGGAAAAAGAAUUAAACACAGCAAAAUGUGAUCUGGAAAUAAUUCGGCGAAGUCUUGGUGGUGAUAGAAGCACACAUGCAUCAGACUCAAAUGAUCAGUUUAAAGAUAUUGAGAAAGACUGCUCUUCCUUUUUUGAGUUUAAGUUUCAUAAGCAUCAUUCCUCUCAGUCUGACAAAUUCUCUAAAGAGAAAAGUGAAUUAGAAGCACAAUUAGAUAGUAAGAAGAAAGAGAUUCAAGAGAAACAAAAGAAGAUAUUUGAAUUACAGGAAAAAAUCAGUAGCAUGACGCAAUUGGAAGCUCAGCUCCAAGAAAAAUCAAAAAGAUUAGAAGCUUACAAUAAAGAGAGAGAUAUUCUUGAAAGAGAAUUAAUUGCAACAAAGUCAGAGUUAAAUGGAAUAAAAAGAACAUUAGAACUAGAGCGUCAAGAAAGAAGAGAUUUAGAAACCAGAGCUUUAAACUUGAUAAAAGAUGCUAAACGUAAAUGGGAGAAUGCAGAAAAGGAAAAAGUUGCACAAUUGAAUAAACAUAUAGAAACACAAACUGUAAGAAUCACAGAAUUAUGUACUAGUAACAAUGAGAUGAGCUCAAGAUUGCAAAGAACAGAAUGUGAACUUCAGACAGCAAAUGCAGAAUUACAUAAACUCAGAGUAUUUCAGAUGCAAUAUAAAGAAUCACUAGCCAAAACAAGAGAACUGAGUCGGCAAAGUGUUCAAGGUGUUGAAACUAAACUGGAAGAAAUAGCUGCACGUUCACAUAACCAAUUAGCUGAACUUAGAGCAAAAUUGGAUUUAGAAGUUGCCAAGAAUACAGAUUUGGAGACUAAGUUAAGAAAUGAACAAGAUUCCAACCAUUGUCGUCAAUCAAGGUUGAAUGUUGCUUUAGAAUUAGCUCAAAAUGAAUUGAAAGAUUGUCAGGAACAGUUACGUAGCAUACAGGCUACAAUACCAGCCAGAGAUGCAGAGAUAGAAGCUUUAAAAAAACAAUUACAAGAUAGGGCAAGGCAGUUAGAUAAUGCUAUAGCAUCAGAACAGGCAGUUGCCACAAUACAAGAACAAUUGGAAAUGUCAAAACUUGAAAAUGAGCAACUAAAACAACAAUUACAAGUGAUAAAGUCUGAUUUAAAUGAAACAAUGAUGAACUUGGAACAGAAGGAAGCCCUUGCUCUAAACUUAGAACAAGCUACACAAGAUAAAGCUGCUUUACAAAAAAGAUUACAGGAUUCUCUCCAGAAAGAAGAGGAGCAUUUGCGUAAGGUUGGCAAUUUAGAAGAAUUAUUACGACGCUUGGAACAGAGCGUUACUAAACUAGAAUCAGAGAAUGCUACUCUUAAGAUGGAAACCAUACAACCAAGUACAAAUAGGAUGUCUAUAAUAAAAGAAGAUACACAUUUAGAAGAACAAAUGAAGAAAUUAGAACGAGACCUCCAAACAAUGAAAGAAAACUUGAAUGCAGAACGUCAGACAGCGAAGCAAGCACAAAUCAAUUUAUGGAAGAAGGAAAAGGAACUAUCGGAUGCAAAUUUAGAUAAACGAAUUGCAACGAGGGAGGCUAAGAAGGCAGAAGAAAGAGUUAAAAUAUUACAGGAAGAAAAGCAAAAGCUGACCGAAAAAUUAGAUCAUAAAAUAAAAGAGGGAGAAGAGAAGUCAAGGAAGCUACUUAAAGAGUUAGACAAUGCAAAAGCGUCAUUGAAUGAUAUUACAAAAGAAUCUACUAGAAACAAAAUGCAAGCUGAUUCGGCCCAAAGGGCGUUAACUGAGACCAAUCAUCAAAUAGAAGAAUUACAGUCUUCGAGUGCUUCUUUACGCAGAGAAUUAGACGCGGCGCGGAAGCAAUCGAAAGUAAAUCAAGAUCGGGUCGACAAGUUAAGUAGUGAAAAUAACCAUUUGACGCAGAUCAUCGCAAAACAUACUGAAAAAAUACGUGAAUUGGAAUCAAAGAUAGAUAAAUUAGAACAAGAGAUUAAAGGCUAUGAAUUGAAUACUGAACUUUUGAAAGAAACCUGUACAGUACUUGAAGAACAACUAACAGAUUACGAAAGACUAACAAGUGAUCACGAAACACGAGAAAAUAUACUAAUUCAAGAUAAAAUGAAGUUACAAAAGGAUCUAGAAGCGACUGAGGUGAAACUUCGCGAAGCACAAACCGCACAAAACGAAGAAAGGUCACUGAGACUGACAGCAGAACGAAAUAUCGAGAGACUUGCAUCGGAGAUAAGCGAUAUAGAGAGCGAAAGAAAUAAUUUGAUAGCUCAAAGAGAUCAAUACAAGAAGCUUGUACAAGACUUAAGCGAACAAGUUGAAAGUUCGACAAAUAAAUGCGGGGAAUUAGAAUGUGAUCUUUCAGAAAUGAAACGUGCUUUAGAUAUCACUAAAGCAGAAACAAGGGUCGUUAAAGAAGAAAGUAGUCAACACUUAACGCGAGUUCACGAAUUGAAAGAGGCGAAUUUCGUGUUGAUGAAUGAUUUGCAGAAUAGCAUAGAUCAAGGUCAGGAACUUCGGAUGAGGAUCACAGAAUUGGAAAGCAUCUUGGAGGAAAUGCGGCAAUUCUAUCAGGAAAGGGAAGUGAAAGCCGAGAGUACCAGACAACAACAAACAAAGUUGAUAGAUUAUUUGCAAUUUAAAUUAGAAGAGUGCAGUAAGAAGAAGAAAACAGUAUGUGAUAAAAUACUUGGUACUAAGCAGAAAGAGACUAUUCCUCCUAGUGGUACUGGAAUGCCAGUUGGAUAUCGCGAAUUGGAAAACCAGUUAGCAAAAGAACGCGCCAAAGUUAAAGCAUUAACUGAACAGUUAUUAACACUGAAAGCUAUCCACGCUUCGACCUCCCCAUCGUGUCCCUCCGCACCCGAUAUAAAAAACGUAAAUUAUACCACAGAACCAUCAACUACCUCAUCUAAACGUUUGUCGCCGCAAAGAAUUGGACACCAUAUUCCACAUCGAUUUGAUGUUGGUCUACCAAUGCGAGCUGGGAAAUGCUCCACGUGUUUGGAUUCCAUUCAUUUUGGAAAACGCGCAGCUAUUUGCAACGAAUGUCAAGUAAUGACGCAUUUAAAGUGCAUGGUUACCGCACCUGCCACUUGUGGUUUACCCGGAGGUUUUGCUAAACAGUUUGGUAAAAGCUGGAGAAAUAGCGACGAAAGUUUAUCGUCAUUGACUGGAAGCGUUCAAACGUUAGCUAUAGAUCAACCGGAUAGACCCGACACGGAUGUAUGUGAUGUAGAAAGUAAAAGCAAUAGCGUGCCGAUGGAAAGUUGGGUGAAACUUCCAGACCGCUCGAAUACUUGUUGGGAAAGAAAGUACCUUAGGUUGGAAGGACCAUGUUUAUGUACUUACGAUCACCAGCCAUCUCCCGGAAUGGCACCAAUAAAUCGUAUCGAUUUAAUCGAAAAGGAUGGAUUUACUGUAUUAGAUACAGUAAUUAAUCCAGAUGUGAUGGGAACAGCAAAAUCGGACAUACCAUUUAUUUUUAGAAUAGAAUCUAAUUCAUCGACCACCUGUUGGCCGACACCACGUUUGGAUGUCAUGGCUUUGAGCCAGACUGAUAAGAAAAAUUGGUUGAAGUCCUUAAAGUCUAUUACUAGUCAAAAUAUACUGAGUAAUGUUCAUAGAAGUAAAAAAUAUCAAACUAUAUUAAGACUAGCAAAAAAUCAAUUGGAUUUAAAUUGUGCCGUAAAUUUGACAGAAGAAAAUGUACUUUUAUUGGGUGCAGAAGAGGGUCUGUUUUCGUAUAGCGGUGCUAAAUCACGAACUCUUACUAUGAUUCGUGGAGUGAAAAAGGUGCACCAAUUAACUUUACAUCCCCAUUUAGGAAUAGCUUUAAUGAUAGCUGGUGAAAAUAGGCAAUUAGUAUCUUGUAGUCUAAGGCAAUUAAAGAGUAACGCAGUGGCUGCCGAAUGCUCAAGGCCAGCAAUUAAUACAAAAGCAGUUUUAUCUGGCACUGAUAGCUACCAUUUAUAUCAAUUACAACGGGAUAUGCUUUGCGCAGCAACUGAGUCCCACGUAAUAUUACUUAAAUGGUACAUUGAAGAUGAUUCUGGAGAAUUUAUUGUAGUCCGUGAACUUGAAACAUCUGAACCAUGUAGCUGUGCUAUAUUUACACAAAAUGUUCUUAUAGUAGGAUGUAAUAAAUUUUACCAAAUUGAUCUUAAAAAUUAUUGUGUCGAUGAAUUUCCUGAAGAAGAUGAUAGUUCAGUCAAAGCUACACUAUCAGGAGUAGCCAAGCUAGGCAUUUUCCCAGUUUGUGUUUUAAACGUUUCUCUUGUACCUGGAAAAGUAGAGCUUUUGCUUUGUUAUAAUGAAUUUGGAAUGUUUGUGAAUGAAAGUGGCCAAAGAACUCGAAACAUUGAUCCAACAUGGAAUCAUUUACCUUUUGCUUUUGCUUUCCGAAAACCAUAUUUGUUUGUCAUUCAUUUUUCAUCCGUGGAGAUUGUAAAACUCGAUCAAGAUACAUAUACUUUGUCAAAAAGUCCAGAACGAAUUUUAAUCGAGUUAUCUAGUCUACGUUAUUUGGGAGCUGCUGGCUCAAAAGGAAUUUAUAUAACGACAAUGAACUCUUUCUUGGAACUAUUAAAAAUUGAAGGAUCUUCUAUCAUACCCGAAUCAAAUGGCAGUCUUACUAGUUUAGAUACUUUAAAUCAAGAGGACGAAAGCAGUUCGGAGUUCAGUUUUACAUCGAGUUUAAUGGAGGCUUUAGAUGGUCAAGGGAAAAAAGUACAUUUUACCGGUGUUUCCAAAUAUUAAUACAUAUUGAUAUUAAAAAUAAUAAAAAUUUUAUUUUUGAUAUAAUUGUAGGAAUUGCAAAAAAAUUGAGAUCAAGGCUGUAAACAUUUUGUAACAUUUAAGAGAAGUAUGUUUUAAUCAAUAUGUUGCAAGCUGUGUUUUUGUACACUUAAUUUAAAUACUUCAUUCUUGCCAAUACGUAACCGAUAAUUAAUGCAUAAUAAACGAAUGUACUCGAAUCUUUUGUUUAAACAGGAAAUUUUAUUUUAUAUUUACUUUGUAUUUAAUUUCCUUUUAAUUAAAUGGUUACGUAGAGUCAGAUCUCAAACGUUUGCUAUACAGGAAAACUUGUAUUGUAUAGUAUUAAUCAACCAAAUGUAUUUAUACGUUUCUCAAAAGUAAUAUGUAUUUUACUUUCUACAAGCUUCAUUAACUUUUCCAGAGAUCUGAAGUUAAUACUUAUAGUACUACUUAAUGCAUAAAUUAAGAAUCAUAUUGUUAAUACUAUAAUAGUAUCGUUAUUUAAAGAAUGACAAUAAUAUAUUUUCGAAUUUCUAUAUUGAUGACAAAAAUUUUGUAAUUU